UUCUCCCCCCUCUCUCUUAACAGGUGGUGUUUCAUAAAAUGUCACCCAACGAGACUCUCUUUUUGGAAAGUACCAACAAGAUUUAUAAAGAUGACAUCUCCAAUAGCUCCUUUGUGAAUUUUCAGAUAUGGGAUUUUCCUGGGCAGAUGGACUUUUUUGACCCAACCUUUGACUAUGAGAUGAUCUUCAGGGGAACAGGAGCAUUGAUUUAUGUCAUUGAUGCUCAGGACGACUACAUGGAGGCUUUAACGAGACUUCACAUUACUGUUUCUAAAGCCUACAAAGUUAACCCAGACAUGAAUUUUGAAGUGUUUAUUCACAAAGUUGAUGGUCUGUCUGAUGAUCACAAAAUAGAAACACAGAGGGACAUUCAUCAGAGGGCCAAUGAUGACCUUGCAGAUGCUGGGCUAGAAAAACUCCAUCUUAGCUUUUAUUUGACUAGUAUCUAUGAUCAUUCAAUAUUCGAAGCCUUUAGUAAGGUGGUACAGAAACUCAUUCCACAGCUGCCGACCUUGGAAAACCUAUUAAAUAUCUUUAUAUCAAAUUCAGGUAUUGAAAAAGCAUUUCUCUUCGACGUUGUCAGCAAAAUCUACAUUGCCACCGACAGUUCCCCUGUGGAUAUGCAAUCUUAUGAGCUUUGCUGUGACAUGAUUGAUGUUGUAAUUGAUGUGUCGUGUAUAUAUGGACUUUGCGGCAGGAGGACCCUUACUCUUUCGGAGAGCAAAGAAGCAAGUUGCAAGUUUGACCCAUCUAAGGUUCAAAAACAAAUCUCUCAAAUGCUGAAGGAAGAUGGGAGUGGAAGUGCCUAUGACAAAGAAUCUAUGGCAAUUAUCAAGCUGAAUAAUACAACUGUCCUUUAUUUAAAAGAAGUGACUAAAUUUUUGGCACUGGUCUGCAUUCUUAGGGAAGAAAGCUUUGAACGAAAAGGGUUAAUAGACUACAACUUCCACUGUUUCCGGAAAGCUAUUCACGAGGUAUUUGAGGUGGGCGUGACAUCUCACCGGAGCUGCGGUCACCAGACCAGUGCCCCAAGCCUGAAAGCGUUGACACACAACGGCACGCCUCGAAACGCCAUCUAGCCCGAUCCGGUGGUUUGGGGCUCUGUGCCAGCCUGCUCUUCACUCCAGGGUCAGACGUCACAUGCUACAGGACAAGGGAUCUGCCUGCCGCUUGUGGGAACCCGGUGCCUGUCCCACUCGAGACAAGGGCUGGAGUUUCUCAUGUGGUUGGAAACCCCCUCAACCAGUGAUGUACAACUGAAACUACUAUCUCUGUCAGUCUGUCUAUCUCUCGCUCUCUUCUUAAAAAUGGCGCAAAACAAACAAACACAAACUAGAGACCACAGAACUCAAGCGUGUCUUUCCCCUGCAUGGGAUACCACGUGACUAAGUGGGCUCUUGUGGACCUGGAGAUCACACCAGGGACCCAUCUUGGCCAGGGAAGGCUGCCAUCAAUUACCAGUUGCGGAUAAAGAAGAAAUGGACUUUUUAAUGCUUCACUUAAGGUUUUCAUUUGAGUAGUCUCUACAAUUCCCACCCCGCUAAGUUCUAACACUGCCUCUCAAUUCUGGACACCGAACACCGAAGACCCUUUCAAGGCUUUGGCUUGCUAACUCAGAAGACGCCCCGACCGACCGACUGCAACAAGAGACAUUCCUGUCUGCUACUGAAGCAAUGAGCAAAGGUUUUCUGCUGCCUCAGCCGAGAGCAAGGCUCAACACUGGCUCCCUACGUCCUUUGGAAUGUUGACGAACUCUGGAGCUGAGGACAGUGUUUGCACCUGUGUUUUUGGGUACCUCAUGUGUAAUUUUUUUCCCUCUUGCAUUAGAUAAACACCAUGAUCAGUGUAACAAAGGGAAUAAAAAAGAACUACUCCCCCCCCUUAAUUUCCUCCUCCUAGGAUAGAAACUCUUCAUAUCACUGAAAUAAGUAGAUCACUCUUCUUUAAUCUUGGUAUCAGCCACUGUACACCUUCGACCCCAAGCUGCCUCGAUUCCUGCUAAUGACCGAGGACCUGGUGGAGCGUCCACCGUGCAUUGGAGCUAGCACAUGGGCCGCAGCAUGUGUUGUUUCACACCGUUGUCUCCGGUAUUCUGACACUGAGUGUCAGCUAUGCUAUCUCUUCACCCAGAAUAUUAAUUCUUCACUUGUUCUUUUCUGUUGUUCUUGGUGGUUGAUACCUCUUCUGUUGAUUUGAAUUGACAUAAGGUUUUUACUCCACAUGCCCAAUAGUCAUAUUCCAAAGCCACUUGAGUACAUAAGUGCCACUGUGUUAUGAAAUCUGUACGUCAGGUCUGCAAACCAACAGUGUGGCUUGGAGUGCUUCCUGCAGACGAUCCAACUGUUGACUAUUUACAUGGACCGUGGUGAUAUCCAAAAGAAAAAUGCUUUUAUAUUUAUAGAUUAUUUCAUUGAGCUAUAUAAAAUGGGUAUCAAUAAAUGUAUUUACUUCAAAACCA